AUGAGCGGCCUCUGGCAGCCCACACAGCUUUCCAAACUCUUCUACGGGCCUAACACCGUGAAAACAUAUCUCCUGGACUGUCUGCCGAGCAAGAGUAGCAAAGCAUUCAUUAUUACGGGGAAGAGUCUGGCUAGUAAGACGCCCUUGGUCAAGCAAGUCGAAGAAUUAUUGGGAAAGCAGCACGUAGGCACAUUCUCUAACAUCGGAGAACACGCCCCGAUUGCCCAAUUAGACGAGGCUACGGGGCUGGUGGAGAAAGACAGCACCAUCGAUACGGUAGUCAGUAUCGGCGGGGGCUCGCCUAUCGACUCUGCGAAGGCGAUAAGCUAUAGAUUGCACGAGAAAAAGGGGAAGUGGCUGUGGCAUGUGGCAAUUCCGACAACGCUGAGCGCGAGCGAGUGUACGAUGAUGGCUGGCUUCACGCAGUCCGACGGCGUGAAGACGGGCGUGAGGGCGCCAGAACUUGUGCCGAAUGUCGUGCUGUAUGACGCCGCCUUCGCGGCCUACACUCCAGAAAGACUCUGGCUCAGCACCGGUCUACGCGCGCUAGACCACGCAGUCGAGAUGCUAUACCACCCCACGGCCUCCGAGAUGCCUGCGAGAUGGACAUGUCUUCAAGCCGCAGGGUCGUUCUUCGAAGGUCUGGUGAAGUAUAAGAUGGAUCCUAAGGACCAGGAUAACUUGACGAAGUUGCAAUUAGCGGCAUUCGCCAGUCUUGGGUUUCUGGGGACAAAUCUUAAAGGCGGUCUCGGGCUCUCGCACGCGCUGGGAUAUGCGCUGGGAAGUCCCUACAGUAUUCCGCAUGGAAUUACGAGUUGUUUGACGUUGGGGCAUGUCGUUAGGCUUAAGGCUGAAGACCCAAGCGCUGCAACACAGGUAGCGAGACUUCUGCCUUUCAUUGGCGAGACAAGGACGGGAGAUGAUAAAAAGGACGCUGAAAAAGUUGGGGAUCGUAUACUUGGGUUGGUGAAGGAGCUAGGGCUUGAUCACGAUCUCAGAAAUUAUUCGGUCGACAAGGAUCAGAUUCCGGUGAUCACCAAGAGAGCUACUGGACAGGAGGAGGGCGGGGAGUUGUAUGGGAAGGUGGAGCCCAUUGUGAAGGGCUUAUUCUGA